CAGUGAGAGAAGGGAAACACACAUUUCUCCUCUCUAUUUCUCUACUUUCUUGGAUAUUGACAUCAAAUAAAUUUGUGUCCAUUUUCUUAUUCAUUCCAGACUGUGUAAGAAGUGUUCAAAAAGUGUGGAGAAAAUGUGUUGAAGGUAGUGAAGAGUUGAGAAAUAUCACAGGAACCAGUCAGUUCUUUUCCAGACUAAGAUUGUUGAUAUUUUGGAUUGAAUCUGGGAAUUAUUACACUCAGGGAACUAUGUUGUGAUGUUAGUUGUUACAAACAUACAGAUGUGCAGAACAAUGGUGGUGGAUUUAUCAUAGCAGAUGUGGAUAAAACAGUAUAAUAGUACACAGUGUUGUGUUUGGAUAUAGAAGUGACUUGAUCAGUGUCAGUGUGGUGGAGUAAAGCAAGGAAAAACCAUGCGGACAGCUCUACUUCGGGAUUUGGUCUGAUAUUUUGGAUAUAAUAUUGUUAUACUGUGAUAUGUGACAGUGAUUAUGGAGUUAAGAUCAGAGAUAAUUGGACAGCUACUCAUCUUUAGUUUCCUUCUAAUACUCAGGGCAAGUGGGCUACAGCAUUUUAUAGAGCGACCCCAAAAUGUCAGUUUUGUAAAGGGUCAAACAGCAGUUAUGAGAUGUGCUGUACAAAACAGGGUCGGCAUGAUACAAUGGGGUAAAGGAACGAUCACGCCCAUUAUGCUUGGCUCAGAUAGGACGAUUCCUGGCUACAAUAAUAGAUACAGUAUUAUAGGCGAUGGUGCUACGGAGUUCAACUUACAGAUUUUAAACACCAACUUGGAUGAUGAUGAUGACUUCCAUUGCCAAGUGGGCCCGGCACACAAUGAACCGGCUCUGAUGGCAAAGGCACACCUUACCAUUCUAGUUCCGCCAAAUUUCCCAGAAAUUGUUGGUCAUACAAAUGGUUCAGUGGUUGAAGUGGCUUACACGGAGCCUGUACUACAGUUAGUGUGCAUUUCAACUGCUGGUCGACCGGCUGCUACAUUGAAAUGGUUUCGGAAUAAUCAGGAAGUCACAGAAGGUAUUGAAUACGAAAAAACUGCAAUAGCCAACGAUAAACGAGAAGAUGCCAAAAGUACGCUGACCUUGAACCCGACCUACCCAGAUGACAACAAUGUACAGUACACAUGUCAGGCAAAUAAUGAUGCUCUUAUCAAUGGUCCCUACAGAAUCACAGUGUUCCUUAGUGUUCUCUAUCCACCUUCUCAACCAACAAUUACGGGUUACAAAACAGAUCAGGUGAUCAGAGUAAAUGAUACUGUGCAACUAAUGUGUAUAUCAGAGGGCGGUAACCCACUCGCCCAGAUAGCUUGGUUCAGGAACAACGCCCAGGUGGAUUUCUCUUACAGCCAGCGCGGCAACAGGGCAGAGAAUGAGCUGAUUAUUACUGCAGAGAGGUCGGACAAUGAUGCCGAAUAUAAAUGUGAGGCAUGGAAUAGAGUGAAUGCGGAAACGCCGCUCGUAGUGACACGGAAACUUUUAGUUUACUUUGCACCAAAGACAGCCACCAUAACGGGAACGAGAGAGGCGAAGGCCGGCGAGACUUUGACCUUGACGUGUACAACAUCAAACAGCAAUCCAGCUGCUGUUGUUGAAUGGAUACCUCAUGGAUCUAGCGGGGCAGAUAUUCGAUCAAGGACGGAAGAGUCGCCGAAUGGUGGAUUGAUUACAAUAUCUGAGAUAGACAUCACACUGUCUAACACACAAACAAGCGCCAUCUAUACAUGCUCCGCUACAAACCAUCAGCUUGGGAUCACGGUGGCAGAUACUGCAACUGUUGGGGUUCUCUAUCCGCCAGAAGCACCACAGAUUUCAGGGUAUACAGAAGGAAAAUCAAUCCGAGCUGGUGACCUAGUUAAAUUGCGAUGUACAGCACUGAGGGGCAAUCCUCCGGCUACACUGAAAUGGUUCAAAGGUGAUGAAGAGGUGACAGAGGUCAAUGACUUGUCGGCCGGAAAUAUUCCAUCUUUGGAGAUCGCCAUAGUUACCAGAGCAGACGACAAUGGUGCCAUCUACAAAUGUGAAGCCUCAAACCAAGCCACUGAUUCCCCACUGGUUGCUCUGAGGAAACUUACGGUUCAUUUCCCUCCAGCCAGUGUGAAUAUCUCCAGCGAUCCUGUGAUAGCACGUGCAGGGCAUCGUCUGAGACUCAAGUGCAUGUCAGCGUCUAGUAAUCCAGCCGCAGAGAUAACGUGGAUGCACAACAACCAGAAACUGACUGGGACAAAUAUCGGCAUGACCAGCGGAGUAAAUGGCGGGAAAAUAUCGAAGAAUCAGCUUGAGAUUAUUCCGACGUCAGCUGAUCACGAGGCAUCGUAUGGUUGCCGGGCAACCAACUUGGUACUGCAGGAAACUAUUCACGAUGCUAUCACUUUGAAUGUCCUGUUUAAACCAGAAUUUAGAGACAAAAAUACCACUGUCCCUAUUACGGCUGGAGAGAGCAGGAUUGUAAACCUGACUGCCACGGCCAAUCCUACAAACGGCACGUAUGUUUUAAAACUAGGGGACGUUGUUAUAAACCCCGGAGACAUUAGCAGUUUUUCACUGGAAGAAGGAGUACUGACAAUUUCAGCGAUUUCAAAAGAUGAUGCAGGAGUGUACACCAUCGUUGGUACAAACACCGAGGGCAGCUCCUCGUUCGACUUUACUAUUGAUGUCUUGUACCCAGCAGAAAUCUACGAGGCUAAUCCAAUAACAACUGAUGCAGGAACUUCCAUUGAGCUUAAAUGUCUUGUUCGUGGUAAUCCAAUGGUACCGAAUAUGGUUACGUGGAAACGGGAUGAAUUUGAUAUGACACGUGCAUUACCGUCGUACGAAGAGGGUGUCGGUACUCUGUUGAUAGAGAAUGUGGAGAAGACGGAUUCCGGAAUAUUUACGUGUAUAGCACAAAACGGUAUAGGCAGUGCAGUUGAACACACUGUAGAGUUAACCGUCAGAUUUGUUCCUGUCAUCGAUAAAGCAUUGAAGUACAGCAAGGCCGCAAGUAAUGUGGGCCGAACUGGAAAGCUGGUGUGUCGUGCCCAGGGUGCUCCUACAGUGUCAUUUAAAUGGCAAAAGGAUGGAGUUGAUAUUGUGGCCGACGACGUGAAAUACGUAAUUGAGGAGAAGGUCGAGAACGGUAUAGAUUAUGAGAAUAUCUUGUCCAUAAAAAAUGUCGUGAAAGAGGAUUAUGGGAUAUACCAGUGUAUUGUGACCAACGAAAAAGGCGAAGAUAGACUGCCAAUUGACUUUGAUGAUACGAGAAAGCCUGAUCCUCCAGAUAACUUAGAGUUUGUAAAUGCCACUCAUAACAGUAUCACAAUCAAAUGGAAUGGUGGGUUUGAUGGUGGUCUGGUACAGAAGUUUCGGGUGCGAUACAAACCCACGGUGACUACACAAGGUUACAUACAGGUUGAUGUUCAGCCCCCAACUAGUCAAAUAUUUACUGUCAAAGGUUUAACACUGGGUACAGAGUAUGAGCUGACAGUGAUGGCAUUCAAUGACCUUGGAGGCAGUGAUUAUUCAACGGAAGUUAUCACAGCAAAAACUUCAAAUUUGAAACCAGCCAUAGAUGUAAAGAAAGAAGAAGAGAAAGCUGAGGACAUGCCUGUUAUCAUUAUUCUUGUUGUGUGUGUAGUUGGGAUCUUCCUGCUCGCCCUUAAUAUUGGACUCAUCCUGUUCUUCGUUAGAAGGAGGAAGAAAAGGAUGGAAAAUGGCAGCGACACUACCAGUCAUACCAAUACAAUUGAACUGUACGGACCAAACAAAGAGACACAACUGUACCCUAUGACCCCAUCAGAUGAGUCAAGGAGUUACGGUACUUACGAUAAAAAUGAAGAUGACUUCUCAGACGAUUAUAAAUCUUAUGAGCAGCACCAACAACACAAAUGUGUAUCUGCGGAUGAUUGUCUAUGUCUGGGAAAAACUACAACAUGGAAAGAUAACUGCUGUUUUGACCCGGGGGACGAAGAUUUGAAGAGGGUGUUCCUGCCUCCCCCGGAAUACGGCGGUGUAACUUAUUCUCAUAAUAAACUAGAUUCACCAACAUUUGAUCAUCGGCAUCCCAUACAUACAGAGCCUAAACAUGCAUAUACACCCAGUGAUACAGAUUCUUGCCGUAAAUCUCCGUGGACGUAUGAAGAUCCUUAUAAAUCCAACUAUCGGGGUAAGGGUACAUUUGAUAGGGAUUAUCCCGACAGGGGUAAGGAAUACACGGGACCUUUAUAUGAACCUAAUGGUCAUGUUGGAGGAACACGACCAAAGAGUGUAACAGAAUUGUCAGAAAGGUCAAGUCGACCUUCUAGUCGCGGGGGCCACAAGACCCCUCCCCCACCUCCAGUGAGGUCUUCGAGUAAAGGGGCAGCAGAUAUCCCACCGCUGCCCGCCAGGAACUACGAGUCUCAUGAAGUCGCACCAAGAUAUGUACCAACCCCAGGUUCAUCUUCAUCAUAUGGUAGUAAUGUCAAUGUGAUCGCAAAUCCUCACUACGACGGCCCUUCACUACGAACCCCUUCCCCGGGACAACCGGCCGACCCCACAGACGACAUGAGGGGAUAUCUUGUAUGAUAGACUGUGCAAGAUAACACAGACUGGUUUUAGAAUAAUAACUGCUUGUUGCAAAAAACGAGAUUAAUAGGAGAAUGUGCAAUGUGUAGAAGUAGCAUUAUUUAUAAAUUAUUCGGGGACGAAUAUUCCGUAUGUGCUUGAAAAGCAUAUACAGGGAGCAGGGAUUAUAAAGAAUAUGAACAGUAGUCAUAAAAAAUCCCGUUAUGGACUCUCAUAUGUGAAAUGCUACAGAUUAUAGGGAUUUUAUUGAGGAUCACCAGUUGCAAAAAGAAAUACUGGAAAUAUAGUGAGGGAAGGAAUUGUUCAAGAACAGCUUGUUUUGAUUUACAUACUGCAUUGACAGUUGAAUUAAAUAAAUAAAAUUGUGAAUGUGUGAAUUUUGCACACAUGCUAAUAUUAGUUCAUAAUUUAUAAGAAUGUUCAAAGAUAGGCUGGUGCUGAAGUGUGUUUCAGAGAAACACAUCUGUGACGUGUUUAAGGAAAAACACGUAAGAAUGUCUGAAUGAUCAAGUCAAAUCCAUUUGUAGUCUCAACAACUAAUAAAUAAAGCCAUUUAUUGUGCAUUAAAGAAAAAAUUUGGUUUCCAUCCUUAGUUUGUUUUAAUCUGUUUGUAUAUUGACACAGUUAAUAUGAUACAAGAUUCUGUUGAUUUUUUGUACUUGAUAAUGACAGUGUUUGAAGAAUGUUGUGCUAACUUUCAACCAGUCAAAUAAAUGUAAUAUUGAUUUAACAAAAAAAUCACAUGCCAGUAGGUUUGAAAUUGUGCAAAUGCUGGUGUAUUUUAAUAGGGCAGCAUCUUUCCAUCAGUAAAAACUGUCAAAUUUAUAACAAAUUAUGACAUUAUCAAAAAGUAAAAACUUCAUUUUAUCAUAUGACAAUAUUAGUUAUUAGUUUAAUUGAAAUAAUGUGAAAUCAGUAAUUUUUGUGUGGAACAAAUUUUCGUGGAUUUCUUGGUCGAGUCAGACCACGAAAUUUAAACCCAAAGAAGCAAUACAAUUCUCAUUCAUUUUAUGUUGAAAUGUCAAAAUCCACAGAUUUUUAUCCUCACAAAAUAAUAACCUUGGUCAGACCACGAAAUUUAUUGAUUUUGCAGCGCAAGAAAUUUUGUGAUUUCAUGAUAAUGUGUAGAACAUCUUUCUUAUUUCGAAAAACGUCUGAAGUGUCAAAAAAUUUAGGAAAAUGUAUAUAAGCACCACACUUCAAAAAUAUACUUGUAACACCUAAACCUUGAGUUUUAAAUCCAUAAAUUUAUGUGUAGCAACUGUUUCAAAGUUUUGGGGAAGUUUUCUGCAGAUGCUUAUUGAAAUGCAUGGGGGCAUGGAGUUUCGGGUGGCUGGGAAGGGUUUCUGCACAUAUUUUCUAGCCAUUUGCAUACAAUUCUUGAAUCUUCAGUCUCUCUAUUCAUACAUUCUGGAUUAUGAAUUCCAAAGAAUAUUGCUUGGUUGUAUUUUUUUAAUGUUUGUGUAUGCAUGUUUAGAAAUUUUCACAUAAUAUUAAAAGUUCUUGCUGUGAAAGCAAGACAGAAAUGAAAGCCAUUCCCUAUUGUACUCAGAAAUUUUAAGUGAGAUGUGAUAUCAUUUUAUGAUACUGUGUGCCUGUGUAUUCAUAUUUGAAAAUGAGGCUCCAAGGUUGUAAAAAUAAGUUUGGGAACCACUCUGAAAAAAAUCAGACAUUGCGAUUGGUUGAUUAUUGGCUUUCCUUUGCCAAAUUGCAUUUUGAGAUGUUUUAUGUGUGAUGUGAUAUCGUUUUAUGAUAUUAUGUGCCUGUAUUCAUAUUUAGACGAUCUAACUCCAAGGUUAUAAAACUAAGCUUGAGGGACCAGUGUAAAAAAAGCAUUUUGAUUGGUUGAUUCUGAGUUCGUAUUUCAAAUUGACCAAUAGAAAAGCUGUAUUCUUAGACUGGUCUUCAAAUUAGUUUUACAACUUAGAUCCAGACUCCAAACUCUGCCUUAUAACCUUGGAGCCCAGGUUUAUUUUUUAUCACACAUUUCCCUGGAGUACACUUGAGUAUUUUACUUGUUUAAGCACAUGCAUUCUUGCCAUAUUAUCUGACAUUAGGGAAGUUUUGUCGGCUUUAAAGACAUUUUUCUUUUCUUUUUUAUAAAUUACCCUCACUCCUGUUCCAAAAUUUCAGUUGAAAAUACCAAAAAUAUACAUUUCUUAAACUGCAUUUAAAGGCCUACAUUUUCUUUAUUAUUUUCACAUUUUUAUGUAAACUCCAUAAAUAUACCUUCAGUCACGAAAUAUGGGUAUUUGAUGUGUUCGUACAUAAAUUGCUCUUUUUUUCAUAAACAAAAAAACAUGUUCAUACAUAUCCGUUACUUUGUAUCGUUUUUUGUACAAGUUUCCGCAGAAAGAUUCUAAACCUUUUUUGUUUUAGCAUAAUAUAUCAGAAAACAUAUUACCAAAACUUGUUUCUUUUUAACAGUUAUUUUAAGUCAUAACUUUUCAUGUAUACAAGUACAUUUGUAUUUAUAGUUUUUUGACAUUUUUGUAUUUUUUAGCCAUGGCUUAGGUCAGUAGACCUUCAACGUUUAGCCUGCUAAAUUUCUAAAAUGGACUGGUCCAUCAGUUUGGACAGUACCACUUAUUAGUCAAAGGGGUGUUCACUGAAAAUUUACUGACAGAAUAGUGACCAGUGCCGACCAAGAUCAGCAUGCACGGACGUGCUGGCUGAUCUUGGUCUGCACUGGUUGCAAAGGCAGAAGCAGUUGCUGCUACCAUUCAGAAAACAAAAUUUACAGCUAUGUUGACUGGCUCAGAUAGACAACUCUGAUAAGCUUGGCAAUCUUGUUUCUUUGUCUAUACACAUAUAAUUACAAAUACAUAUCUGCACAUGAUAUCAGGUCAUUCAUUCAAAAAUCAUAUCAGAAUAAUUUAUUUUGAAUUGUAAUUCUUAUUUCACUUUCUUCUUACUAUUGAUUUCCAUUUUCUUGUAUCAGAAAGAAUACUAAAAUUAGCACUUACUGCAAAUUCUCCACCUAAUAACAUUUUUGUAUAAGGGGAUCAGGUUUCAGAUAAGACUGAAGUACUGUUUUAUGUAAUAUCUGAAUAUUUUGGCUGUGUGCAUUUUCAGUAAAAAAAAAGAAAUUCAUAGAGUACUGUUAAAAUAUAAUUAUUUUUUGAGGACGUACUGUCGCAGAUUUUGAGUUAGUGUAAAUCCAGAAAAUCAUCCUGAACAGACAAUUUACUUUUCUAUAAAGUGACCUGUAUAAGCUCUUUUUUUCCACGGUAUAUCCAGUGUAUUCAUUUAGACAGAGAAUCAAAAUUUAUGCCGAUAAAAUUGAAUGAUUUCCCAGUAUCUUGGUCUUGUCAAAGGAAGGACCUAUUUAGUCAGGUCUUUAGUAAUGUUGUAUGAUAUAGAUCUAGCAAAAAAAAAAAAAAAUAAGAAAAAAAAUUGAAACUUCCAACAUUUUCCUGCCAAAUAUAAUUUACAAGAUCGCAGAACUGACUUCAUUUUGUUCAUAGGUUUUAUAUAUGACCACCUGACCAAAAACAGACUACUGUCUUAGAAUAUUUUGUCUUUUGUUAAGAGCAUAAGAAUGUCUUCCCAUAACACGAAUUUUGUGUCUUUUAAUUAUUUUUGCUUCUUCAUUGUUACUUUUUUCAGUUUGGUAAAUUUUACGUUAUAAAUUUUUGUUUUUGAGAGUAUUAUUGCUGUUAUCAUAUCAUUUACAUAUCCAUCCCAUGUAUAUAAGAUAUUACAAUAUAAAUGUCCCAGUUGCAUGUGCAUAUUACAAAAAAAAAAAGUCAUAUAUCAAAUUGUUCAUGUAUGUUUUUAAGUUUGUCUAUUCAAAGAAUAGGUAGAUCUAUUGGACUCACCCGUGUGCCGGGGUCCACAUCGGCGUAAGUUUUUGUAUGUAAGCUGGUAUCUCAGUACCCACUUAUGGGAAUGGAUUGAAACUUUACACACUUGUUCACUGUCAUGAUCUAACAUGCAAUGCACAGGUUCUGUAACUCUACUUUGCAUUUUUAUUAAAUUAUGCCCCUUUUUCGACAUUUCAGUAUUUGGUUAAAUUCUUAUAUGUAAGCUGGUAUCUCAGUACCAACUAAUGGGAAUAGAUUGAAACUGCACAUACUUGUCUACUGUCAUGAGCUAAUAUGCAUUAUACAGUUGUGCUUUUUUACAAAAUUAUGCCCCGUUUCCGAGUUAUAUAUUCAUUCAAUUGACAAGCUGUUGAAUAGUCGAGCAUUGCUGUCCUCCGACAGCUCUUGUUUUUAAUACAGCUGCCAUAGAUAUUUUGUACAUUUGUUUCAUAGAUUUAACAAAUUCUGCAAAGUGUGUCUAUCUGCCUGUCUGUCUGUCUGUAAUUUUAUAUAUCAGAGAGCUUGUGAAUACAAAACAAUUAACCGCCUUUUUUCACCACAGUUAUAAAACUAGGUUUUCCAGAUCAGUCUUGAAACUUGUGGAUCUGAUUGGUCAUUUCGGAGCCUAAUUUUGAAAAUACAAUUGGGAAAACUUGAAAAUUCUGAGACUAGUUUCCUAACCGUAAAAUUUUAUUUAAUACAGUUAAGUUUUGUGAACUUCUCAAAGUUUAUUUAUAACUGUGACCAGUCAAGACAAUAAGUCUGGUUUUUCUGACAUAUUUUCUGUAGCGUAGCAGUUUACUAGUGAAGAACAUAAUGUUGGAGAAGAAAUUCAGCAUUUAAGAUUGUUGUGUAAUAGCUAAAGACUAUUAUUGUAAGUAGCUAUUUAUAAAGCAACGUGCAUGUUCAGAUUGUCAGGCCCUCUGAUAGAUUUAGACUGAACAAAAUGUUUUAGUUUCUGUCUCGAAAUAAUUGAAUAUGUGAUUCUGUAUAUAGUGUUCUCUGUUCUAAGUUUAGUUACCAAAUUUAUAUUCGCAGCAACCCCUCCACUUUGCCAAUAUUUUUACAUCUCAACUGAAUUUUGUUUAGGUAAAUUAUUAGUACUUACAGGCGUAACUGACACUGAAAGUUCCUUGUUUAACCAUAUUUCUCUGACAUCAGUGCUUGUAAUGAAUGUACACUACCUAGAAAAAUACUUAGUGAAUUUGAAAGAAACGUGAAUGUACCUUGAAGCAUGCCUCUUAUAAAGAAAAGAAGAACUUUUCACCUUUCACAUUUUCGUUAAUAUUGAAAACAACUUAAGUUCCAACAUAAAUGACCAUAUCUUGUCAUUCAUUGUUUAACACUGUAAAUAUCAGCAUUAUACAUUGCAGUUUUUUACUGUUUUUGUAGUGGUAUUUUAAAAGAUCUUUCCGAGAGGAAUAACUUGAAUAUAUUCAUUGGAAGUUAGUUGUUUAAAUUUUCUGUUUGUACACUUCUACUAAGUUUGUUCAUGUUUUGAUAAACUUUGAAGUUGAGUAGCUCUUCAUUUGAAUCAGACUGUGUCCAAAUUUGUAUAGUAUUUUCACUCAUAAGGUAAACAUAUUCCAUGAGACAGUCAUGUGUGAAUGUGUUUGUUAAAACUCUAGUCGUGUACAUUUGGUAAGCAGAGAUAUGUUGUGAUAAUGAUGAUCAAAUAUUAUUGAUAAAUAUAUUAUUUUGAAUUUACAAA